CUUUUCGCUCAAUCCUUGUGGGGUACAAGCGUACAGCCAUAAGGGUAUAAUGAGAUGGUCCUUUGCCUUUUACGGUAAUCUUUGCCAACGGAGAGAGUAUCUUUGAGCGGAAUAUCGGAAAAAUUGAAGUUUUUAUACCAUUCGUUUUUAUAUUUGGACAAUUGCUUCUCUAGCCUGAUCUGAUUGUUAAGGAAUCAGUUUUUUCAAAAUUUAAGCAUUUUCGCUUGUAAGGUUAGCAGAGUCAUUUCAAGAUCUUACUAAUCGAGAUCAUACUGAUUACUGGACUGGCGAUGGCAUUGAUGGGAUGAGACGAACCAUUUUGUUUGAAUCACUGGUGUUGUGUAGGUACUUUGUUUGCAUCAGGAAUUUAUUUUGGAGCAGCUAGUUGUGUGUGUUUUAAUAAAGAUGCUUGGGACACUCCGUACAAGACGUCGUUACCGUUAUGGCGUACAUAUGUGUGCAGUUACAGCAGCCUUGCUCCUCCUCCUUUCAGUCUCACUUCUUUAUAACCGCCUCACCGCAAACCAAAGCAAACAUUUUAAGGAUGAUAGACUUGCUUCCACUAAUGACUCUUUUAGUGUUGAUGACCCACUUCUUCAAGAUUCUGAUCCUGAACUCAGGGCUACAUUGUCGGAUGACCAAAUUGAUGAGCUUGACAUCAUUGAUGAUGACUCUAAGGUUUCAAAUGAAGAGGAGAUCCUGAGGGGUCUUGAAUCUGAAGGGGAGGAUAAUGAACCCAAGAUUGCUUCCGGUUCAUCUACUGGUUACUACUUUGAUCAUGUUUCUCAAGUAAUUCGUCGUGCGUUUGAUGGUCAAUCCAUUGAUGAAUUUGACCGUUGGGAGGCUCAUUCUACAAUGUUUGAUGUUGGGCGUGCUUCUGAUGACAAUCCUAGUAAGGUAGCAUUUGGUUCAGAUGAUGUACCUGUAGACGAGGAGGUAAGAAGGAAGGUGCUAAAAGUUGGCAGCAUUGAGGAUGCACUUCUAAUUAAAAAAUUGGAUUCCCAUGUUUCACCUUUGAGGGAGGGUUGGGCAGCUUGGUUUGAUGCCAAGAGUGUUUUCCUGAGGAAAGAUAGGAUGUUCAAGUCCAGCUUGGAGAUGUUAAACCCUCUGAACAAUAUGCAUUUACAGGACCCUGAUGGGUCCGGUGCAACUGGGCUGACUAGAGGAGAUAAACUAGUGCUGAAGGAAUUGCUCCUCAAUUUGAAGAAAAAUUGGCCCUUGAGGGAUUCCAACAUUGAAGCAGACAAAGCUAAUGUUAAUCAUUCCGCUAAACAAAUACCUGUGCUUAAAACAUCCUAGUAGAUGAUGAUCUCAGUAAGCAAAAGAGCCUGUUUAAGGUUGAGUUUUCUCUUGAAGGUAUAAUUCUAUCACUCUAUCAUAAGUCUGUUCUCUUCUUGUUUCUUUGUUUUUAAAGGACAAUCCCUUUUAGUUUAACUCUUAUUUGUUUUCUCGGAGUAUAAUUUGACAAUGUAAAUAUUUUAAGAAAAAUUUCCUGCUAUGUGUUUCCUCGGUUCGAUAUUAAUUGUUACACUUGGUUUGGGCAUGGUUAUGAAGCAUUAGAAGUUAGAAAGAUAAAAGAGAACAAAAAACUCUGCAUGAAAACAGAGACAGUAAGCACCAAUGAGCGAAAAAGAUGUACUAUAACACUAACAAUGAAACAUCCUGAAAGGGUAAGUGGGAAUUAAAUAGAAGUAUACAGCUACGCCAGUAAGAAAAAACACAACUACGAAUUUGUUUUCCCGGUGCAACAAAAACUAACAUCUGAAUGUUGAAUUUCUUUUUACAUUUUGAGCAUUUUCGGUGUAUUAAUUUAAGUAGCUUUUGGUGGUUCGGUGAGGUUAAAACAAUAUUUAAAUAAAAUAUAACUAUUCGGCAAAGUAGUAGUUUAAGUAGCAUUUUAGUGGUGUGGGUAGCUGUUUUCAGAAUGUUACAGCCUACAGCCUACAGCCUACAGCCUCCAGCCUUCUAAGAUUUUCAGAAUGUGUUAAAACAGGAAGGCAUUAUCCAGGAGAAACUUUCUGCUGUAUUAUUUUGGAGGACCGGUAAUUUAGCGCAACAUCGAUUUACGAUAUCCUGGGAUUUAAAAAUUUGCAAAUACUGAUUGCUAUUGAUCGCCAUUUUUUCUCGUUCAUCAGUUUUGAAGGUAAGCUGAUUUCGGCAUGUGGGCGUGAACGUCAACGUUUUAAUUUGCCUGUACUGUGGCCUGUUUGGCUUGUUGAUUAAGGACUCUGUUUCUUUGGUUAGUGUUAGAAUUAAGAGGUAUUACUGUGUUUUGAGCAUUGAAAUUAAUCACCUUAUAGACUUUGAGAUUUCCAUUUAUUUAUACCCUUUAUGAAUAUGAGAAUGGAAGAAAGGAAUGAAUACAGGACAUUCUAAAGUUUUGGUGAUUGUCAAUGUUGAUGGCAACUAGAAGAGAGCUUUGGAAUUAAUAUUUGAGAUUUUUCAUGGAGUGUUAAUGGCAUUUCUACAAUAAUGCUAAGUUAUAAAUAGUGUUAAUGAGAAUGAUUUUUUGCAUUAUUUACAUGUAGUGUAUUAUAUUUAUGGCAGUCCUACCGCCUACGAUAAUGCUAAGUUAUAAAUAUUGAUAAUGAGAAUGAAUUUUAGUCUUAGUUUCAUGUAGUGUAUUAUGACAGUCCUAUAAUAAUGCUAAGUACUCCGUUCUCUAAUGUUCUUCUAUUUGGAAUAUUACUACUUAAGGAGAGAGAUAUUAAUUAA